AUGGCCGAACGCGUGGCCUUGGCAUUGACGAGCAAAAGAAUGCUGGCAAUCAUGUCAAACGAGCAGUUUUGGCUAAAUCGGGGGUCUAGUGAACGUCUGGAUCUGUUGAAGCUACUAGAGAGGGACGCCAUCAACACACGCAGGGAGAUUCUUUGUUUGCCCUGUCAGAUUUUCCAUGAUCCCGUCUUAUCGGUUCCGCCAGUCGACCACAGCUCAAGUUGGGCGCCGACCGAAUCAGAUCGCCCCUGCGUCAAAGCAGUCUCAGAGGACCAGCACCAGAGAUUGUCGUCUCCCUACCUUCCAUACGAUUUUCAUUUCAAUAUGGUCAAGGCCUUCCUAGUUUCGAAACGCGAUAAAAGGGGCUUCUUUCAAUCAAUACUCCUAGAACAGGCUACUAUUUGGGGUUACUGCUAUAAAAGAGAGGAAGCCAACGUCCAACAAGGCUUUGAAUGUAGGGUGUCAAGCGAAGGGGAUUUGCUAGUGAAGACGACUACGAGACUCUUUGCUUGCCGCGACCCAAACAAGACGAAGGAUAAAGUUCGAUUCGCCGUUGGAAUUCUCAAACGAGCCGAGCUUACAACAUGCUGCAAACACGUUGACUGGAUAGACACAUACCCCUUCAUAUUCGACUACGAUGGACUCCUUGCCGAUCAGAGCAAACUUCACGCAUACCGCGCUUCGAAAGGGUACGGAUACGAUCCGGCGAAGAAAAUUCGCGACAUUUGGAACCCAGCCGUCAAGCCGCGAUAUGGACCCAAAAACCACAUAUCGAUCACGCACUGCGAGUCUUGUUAUACGAAUUACGAGUACGAAUGGAAGGACACCGAGGACGGAAGUCGCAUCGUUUUUCUCAUCUCGUACAAAAAUCUAGGCAAGGGCAUGGAUACGAAUGAUCCCAAGUGGUCAUCGCAUUUCCACGACCAUGUCCCUGAUGCAAAAGCCGAGCCUCGCAACUCCCACUACGACGGGUUCACUCGGUGGCCUAACUAUCAUUGGCAGGAGAAUGCUGAUGAGGCACCGUGGGACCCAGAUUAUUAG